AUGUCUCCGCCGUCGAGUCUGAAUGAUGUAGAGGACCAGACAGAGUCGACAUCAUGGCUGGCAAAGGUCCAUCCAUAUUUUAAAAACCCAUCGCAUGUCUUGGUUUUCAAACUAGAUUGCCUCUUGCUUGUGUGGGCGUUCAUAGCGGGUCUUUUCAAGGAUAUGGAUCAAUCUGCUACGACAGCUGCUUUCGUCUCGGGCAUGAAAGAAGAUCUAAAUCUCUACGGCAAUGAACUCGUUGAGUUUACGACGUAUUUCUCUAUCGGAUAUGCUCUUUUCAUCGUCCCGUCACAACUUAUCCAGACGCGCGUUCGACCAUCGCUUUUCUUACCAGUUUGUGAAAUUAUCUGGGGUCUUUUUACGCUUUUCACUUAUAAAGCGCCGAAUGCGAAAGUUAUUUAUGCGUUGCGAUUUCUUCUUGGUGUUUUUGAGUCUACGUCAUGGCCUGGUAUCGUGAACUUGAUCUUCAACUGGUAUCGUCCUGAAGAGCUUGGCAAACGACUCGCCAUCUUUGGAGUGAGCGGUGUAGCAGGAAAUAUGUUCCUAGGCAUCGUCCAAGCAGCUCUCUACAAGAACCUCAACGGCGUCUCCGGUCUCGCAGGCUGGCAAUGGCUCUUCAUCGUCAGCGGUAUCAUGACGAUAUUCUGGGGUUUUGUCGGUCUCCUCAUCAUUCCCGAUUCGCCAGCGAUCACGAGAGCUCUCUGGCUUACAGAUGCUGAAAAAGAGCUUUCUCGACUACGAAUGAGCGACAGUGGUGUCAAGACCUCCAAGAUCAUCCCGUUUAAAACUCUGCUUCAUAAGAUGAAGCUGCUUGUUCAGAGCCCUUUGUCAUAUCUGUUUCUGGCGGCGUAUCUGCAGUUUGCUUGGAGUCAACGCGCCAAUUCAUACUUCCUGCUCUUUCUCAAAGGCCUUACUCUACGCAACGGCACUCCACGGUACUCGAUCUACACCGUCAACCUCAUUCCUUUAGGUGGCUACGCAAUCAGUAUAGUCUGCAACAUCGGUCUCAACGCACUCAGCGACUGGAAAGAUUGGCGAUGGCAAGUCAGCAUCUUCGCAGCAACAAUUCAACUCAUCGCAACGUCCGUUUUGUCCGGCUGGCCCAGUUCCUGGCAUACGAUCAUGGCAUUCUACUUCCUCACCUUUGCGACAGCCGCAUGGGGAUACGCUUUACUCGCCUGGCUGGGCGAUAUUCUUCGCAAAGAACCUGAAGUGCGGUCUAUCUUGGUUGCUAUCGCUAUUACCUUGACAUACGUCGGACACGCGACUAUCCCACUACGAGCAUGGAGAGUCAGCGAUUCGCCGAGAUAUCCAGUCGGUUUCCCUCUGGCAGCUGCAUUUAGUGCGGGAAGUAUUAUGGCUAUCUUGGGCAUUUUGUGGUAUGUAAGAAGGUACCCACAGGUUAUGAGUUGGGGGUUGGAUCCUGUUAAGGAUACUGCUGUGGAGGAAGAGAUCAUCCCGAGAAACGAUGAUGAUGAUAGGAAGCGACCUGAUGAAAGGAGCAGUCAACUCUAA